AUGAAGUUCAAUCUGGCCACUGGCCUAGUGUGCUUGCUUGCAACCACUGAAGCUGUUGCGGCUUCCAGCUGGUGGAGCAAAGCUGUCUACAACAAGUGGCAUGAGACUGAGCUUGAGCGAUGGCUCUCGGAUCAUGAUAUCCCCUACCCUGCCCCCGCCGACCGCCGCGAUCUCGAGAACCUGGUCAAGUCGAACUGGGACAACCGCGUGCAGAAGCCACUCGGUAACGCCGCAGAUAGAGUCUCUAAUGAGUUCCACGAGGCCAAGGAAUGGGUCUUUGACACUUGGUCGGACUCCCAGCUAAAGGCAUUCCUCGAUCGUCAUGGCAUUCCAGCACCUCAACCCCGCAAGCGCGAUAUCUUGCUCAAGAUUGCCCGUGAGAACUACGAGUCCAUUGCCCAGAAGGUCGGUGAAACCGCCGCAUACCCCGGUAACUGGCUGUACGAGAACUGGUCCGAGUCCGAUCUCAAGGCAUGGCUUGAUGAGCGAGGAUGGCCUGCUCCCCAGCCUACAAACCGUGACAAGCUGAUUGCCUCUGUGCGCCGCAACUCCCGUCUUGCGAGCUUGCAGGCUCAGAGUAUUUCUGCAUCCGCAAUGGCAUCAGCCGAGGCUGCCCAGGCCUCCUUGAGUGAGGAGCUAUUUAACGCGUGGUCCGACUCUAAGCUGAAGGAAUUCCUUGAUGAGCACGGUGUGAAGGUACCCCAGGGAUCCAAGCGUAAUGAACUUGUCGCCCUUGCUCGCAAGCACCGUGCAUAUCUCGUCAGCCAAGCAUCCAGCGCUUCUUCUGCCGCUUCGGAGGCAUUCGGUGCCGCUACCACCAAGGCUGGAAACGAGUACGCCCGUGCCACAGACGAUAUCAAGUUGAAGAUAGAGGAUCAAUUUGACGCGGCGAUCAAGACUUGGUCCGACUCGCGCCUGAAGGCUUUCCUCGAUGCUCGCGGUGUUCCCGUUCCUCAGUAUGGCAAGCGUGAUGAGUUGCUUGCCAAGGUGCGCGCCAAUGCGCACCUUGCUGCUGGUGGAUGGAAUGAGUACAACUUUGAUACCUGGGAUAAGGAGCAUCUUUUGAAAUACCUUUCGGCCAUGAACUCCAAGGCCGCAAAGAAGGUUGAUGCUUCUCGCGAAGAAUUGAUCAAGCAGGCCAGGGAUUCGUACACCAAGGCCUCUAAGGCUGGCGGCGAGCACUAUGCCUCUGCGACUAAGAACCUCGCCGAAGCGACUGGUACCGCCAAGCAGGUUACCUUUGACAACUGGUCACACUCCGACCUCAAGAAGUACCUUGACUCAUACGGCAUUCCCGUCUACCAGGGAUCAAGCAUUAAUGAGUUACGCGCUGCUGCUCGUCGUCAAGCGACCUACUUCCGGUUCGGUACCAACAACCCACAAGAUACCAUUUACGUCAAGGUGAUGGAUACCCUGAACUGGGUGUUGGAGAAGCUCAAGGUCGGUGCUUCCAGCGGCCGCGCUCAAGGCCAGGAGGCGGCUGAGAAGGUCCGCGAAAAGGCUGCUGAGCAGACCGAGAAGAUUCGGGGCGAGCUGUAA